UAUAUUAGGCCCUGUUUAAAAGUCCCUUUCCCUUUCCCGUUUCGUCCGGUUACAUUUGGUGGCAGCUUACAGACAGCAACAACUACGUCUGCGUCUCCGGCCUUUGAGAGAGGGGGAAAGGUGCUUGCAAGCAGAAACCAGAGAUCUGCAUUUCCGGCCAGGAACAGAGCAACACGCGGUAAACUGCUCAGCCAUACACAUUUUCGUACGCAUAGUGAAGCCACGGAUAUCCAUCCACAGUUUCCUGCAGGUGACCUGGUUGCCCAUCCAAGUUGCUGUGAGCUUGGAAUUCAAGAUUGAGCAAGUUAUGGUGAGAGUCAAGAUCGCCAUUUCCUUUGUGCUUGAUCGUGACGUCAUCCAACUGUAGUAUCAUAUAUGUACGGUAACCAGUAACCAGGUACAUUGUAGUUUAAAUAUGCAAAGCUUGUAAAACACUGUAGACUUUUUGUAUAUCUUAAAGUUAGUGUAAAUGUAGUGUAAACUCUAGUAUAGCUCAAACUAGUGUAAAUCGUACUGUAUCAUGUAUGCAUGGAUGCA